AAACACGUCCCAACAAAUGAACUAUCUCUCUCUCUCUUCUCUCUCACUCUAUAUAUAUAUAUGUAUAUAUAACAGAGACAAAUCCAGACACACUUUAUUAUAUACGCACAAAAAAUAUUACUUUCUCUCUCUAGAAAAAACACACACACACGCACAUACAAAUAUAGAAUCGAGUCUAACCGCUCACUGUGUGAACUGUGUGAAUAUCUCAGUGGGUUGAGUCUUUGUCUUGUCUGCUGCUAAAACCCUAAUUGCGGGGAAUCUCAAAGCGAAGGGGAGCUGGAGUGUUAAUCAUCCUCUCCGCCUCCGUGAUUGGAGUUAGGUGUUGAUUAAUUGCGUGAUUAUGGAGAGAUCCGACGGCAAGGAUUUCAACGACUUCACCGACUUCUCCAGCAGCUCGGCUUCUGGUAGUGCGAUGUUUGACGCGUCCCAGUAUGCCUUCUUCGGUAAGGAGGCAAUGGAUGAAGUGGAAUUGGGGGGUUUGGAGGAUGAUGAAGAGGUUGUACGUUCGAUUGGGGGAGGAUUUUGUGGUGAAGAGGAAUUGAAUGAGUAUCAUUUGUUCCAGAAAGACGAGGGCUCAGGAGUAGGAUCUUUGUCUGAUAUAGAUGAUCUGGCAACUACAUUUGCAAAAUUGAACAAAGUUGUUUCGGGACCAAGACAUCCUGGAGUUAUUGGUGAUCGAGGGUCUGGAUCUUUUUCAAGAGAGAGUUCAUCAGCUACAGAGUGGACGCGGGAUACAGAUUUUCCUGAAUGGUUUGAUCACCAUAUGUCUGACUCAGAAUGCUAUGAAGAAAAUAAGAGAUGGUCAUCACAGCCCCACCUGUCCUCAAUGUUUCUCUCAGAAUCUAAACCAUUAUAUAGAACAUCAUCCUACCCUCAGCAACAGCCGCAGCUGCUUCACGCUUCAAGCGAGCCUAUUUUACCCCCUAAGUCAUCAUUCACUUCUUUCCCUCCACCAGGUUCUCAAAAAACUUCUUUCAAUUUGUCAUCUCUUUCUAGUGGACCUCAGUCGCCAUUCUCUGCACAGAACAACUCUCUGCUCUCUAACUCCACCCUCAAUUGGUCAAGUUUACCUGUAGGGUUCCAAUAUAAUGCUAAUAUGAACCUAAUGUCUCCAAAUAUAUCUCACAAUAAUCAUUUGCAAAACCACUGGAUUAGCCAUGCCGGUGUUCUUCAUGGGGAUCAUUCCAUUCUCUUAGACAAUAUCCUGCAGCAUCAGUAUCAUAAUGGACUAUUACCUCCACAGCUAUUAUCCCCACAGCAGCCAAGACGACACCUUUCUUUCCAACCAUCUUUGGCCCAAUUGUCAGCCUUACAGUCUCAGAUGUUUAACAGUGUUCCUUCUUCAUCAGAUUGGUGCAAAUAUAGAUUGACUCAGAAGAGCAAGUCAAAAUCUAAAUCAUCACAGAAAGGUAAACAUUCUGUACGGUUCUCUAAUCAAGGGUCUGAUGCUAGUAUCCAUCGGAGUGAUAGUAAUUUUCCACAAAUCAAAUCUAAGCACAUGACUGCUGAUGAAAUAGAGAGCAUACUCAAAAUGCAGCAUGCGCAUGGCAAUGACCCUUAUGUAGAUGAUUACUACCACCAAGCUCGCCUUGCAAAGAAAUCUGCUGAAAUGAGGUCAAAGUACCGUUUCUGCCCAUCCCUCCCUCGGGAACAGUCUUCUCGGUCCCGUAGUAGUACUGAAUCAGAACCACAUCUUCAGGUUGAUGCUCUUGGAAGGGUUUCUUUUUCUUCAAUUCGCAGGCCUUGCCCACUUCUUGAACUUGACCCCCCUCCUUCGGCCUGUGGAGAUAGUGGCUCUGAGCCGAAGAUAUUCGAGAAGCCACUGGAGCAGGAACCGAUGCUUGCAGCAAGGGUGACAAUUGAGGAUGGGUUUUGUCUUCUUCUGGAGGUGGAUGACAUUGAUCGUCUUUUACAGGCUACUCAACCUCAGGAUGGUGGAAACCAGUUAAGGCGAAAGCGCCAUACCCUUUUAGAAGGAUUAGCCGCCUCUCUGCAGCUAGCCGACCCACUUGGUAAAAGUGGCAAUUCAGUCGGCCUGUCUCCCAAGGAUGAUAUUGUGUUCCUGAGGAUAGUUUCUGUUUGCAAGGGCCGGAAGCUUAUUUCAAGGUUUCUUCAGCUUCUUUUACCCGGUAGCGAACUUGCUCGAAUAGCCUGCAUGGCUAUCUUCUGCCAUCUGAGAUUUCUGUUCGGGGGGCUACCAGCUGAUGCAAAAGCGGCUGACACCAUUAAUGAUCUCGCUGAGACAGUCUCCAUCUGCAUUGGUGGUAUGGAUCUUAAUUCCCUUAGUGCUUGUCUUGCUGCAGUUGUUUGUUCCUCGGAGCAGCCUCCUCUCCGACCAAUCGGCAGUCCCGCCGGAGAUGGUGCCUCGGUCAUCCUGAAGUCUGUUCUAGAAAGAGCUACUCAUUUACUGAGAGAUCCUAUUCCUUUGCCUGCCAGCAACUUGAGCACGCCCAACCGCGCCCUCUGGCAGGCGUCGUUCGAUGCCUUCUUCGGCCUCCUGACGAAAUACUGCGUCAGCAAGUACGAAAGUAUAGUGCAGUCCCUAAUGUCUCAAGACAAGGAGGAGAUGGGCUCGGAGGCUGCAAGAGCUGUAAGCGGGGAGAUGCCGGUGGAGGUUCUACGCGCUAGCAUCCCUCACACGAACGAGAGUCAGAAGAAACUGUUGCUGAAUUUGGCGCAACGGUCGAUGCCCACCGCGGGGUCCGGCUUUAGUUCCCAGGGUGGAGGUGGUGGACAAGUGAAUCCUGAAUCGGUGAAGGGGUAGGUGAGCUGUGAACUGUAAAUGCUUUGCUCUGCUCUGCUUCUCUUGUCACUGUAGGGGAAAAGCAGCAUCUGCUGCUGCUUUUGGGGUUUGGCAGAUUUUUAAUGCCAAAAAAUUUCAUUUUAAUUAAUAAGUUUCUUGCAAACUUUGUAUAAUGUCAAAAGCUCCCUUUUAAGCUUUUAAUUAUUAUUAUUAUGGCUCCUUUGGGGACACCCAAAUGGGGAUGACUUCUUGUGUUAACA